AUGACGAGCCAAUCCGGAGUGUCGCCACAUGGCAAGCUGGAGGUGGUCCAUCCCAUUCCAUCCACAUUCGAGGUGUCGUCGUCGAAACAGCCGCCUUGGAUGAGGGCUAUAUACUUCCCUAUCCCGUUUCUGGCUGCUGUCUCAUUGGCAUUGGGCUCGAUCGCCUCUGCGAUGACGUUGGAGGAGGCGAUGAAAGAUGCGCCCUCCUGCAUCUUCUAUGACACCGCGCCAUACAGUUUGGGUUAUCACGCUGGCUUGGCCUCCCUCGUGACAUACGGCAGUCUCAUCUUAAUUUCUGCCUCCAUCGCCAUCAUCGCUAAGUGCACCGGUUCCACCCGACGAAGGCGUACUUCCAUGGUGGAAAAAUCCAAUCCUCCUGAUUUCCUGGCACACAAUCAACUCGCCUAA